UUUCGACAUUCUCUUUUAUACAAACCAGUUGAUUGAACUUAUCCUAAAUUAAUGAGUAAGAUACCAUUGGUAAAAAAUAUUCGAAUCAUUCAGAUACUGCUCUAUUACAAGUAUUACACUUGAAAUAAUUAUUUUUAAUUAAUUACAUCACAAAAUAGUUGAAUUUUAAAAUGCGUAUAGCAAUAAUUGGAGCAGGAAGUGCUGGAUUAGCAGCCCUUCGACAAGUUACUUAUUAUCUAACUACUGGAGACAAUCAAAAUGAAGAUAAAGUUACUGAAGUUGUCUGUUAUGAGAAGACUGAUCAAGUUGGAGGUAUUUGGGUUUACACACCAGAGACUGGCGUUGACCAAUAUGGACUGCCUAUUCAUUCCAGUAUGUACAAAAAUCUUCGAACCAAUUUGCCGAAAGAAGUGAUGGGAUUCCCAGACUUUCCUAUGCCAGAAAACCCAAAAAGUUAUAUCAGCCGUACAGAAGUUUUAGAUUUUCUAAAUUAUUUCUGUGACAACUUCAAAUUACGAUCACUCAUUAAAUUUCGUCACAAUGUUGAGUGUAUUGAACCAUCAGGAAAACCUGAAGAGAAUCAGGUAUCGGGUUCAUCUACUAAAUGGACAGUGACAGUAAAAAAUUUGGAAACUAGCGUGAUAGCCAAAGAAAUUUUCGACGCAGUUAUGGUCUGCAAUGGACAUUACUUUGAACCAAGCUUACCAAUUAUUGAAGGACAUGAUAAAUUCCAAGGUCAACAAUUACACAGUCAUGAUUACCGUGUACCUGAAACUUUUGCUAACAAAACAGUAGUCGUAGUUGGAGCUGGGCCUUCGGGGAUGGAUCUUGCUUUGGAGAUAUCGAGCAAGGCUAAACAAGUGAUUUUUAGCCACCAUAGUCGGAAACCAAUUCGUACUGUUUUUCCUGAAAAUGUUAUUCAGAAACCAGAUAUUGCAAGAAUUGAAGAAACAGGAGUAGUAUUUUCAAAUGGUGAUUUUCAGAAGGUUGAUAUUAUCUUCUAUUGUACCGGUUAUAGGUACAGUUUUCCAUUUUUGGCAAAAAGUUGUGGAAUAAAAGUUGAGUCGAAUAUGGUAACACCACUGUGGAAACACUUGGUAUCUAUUAAUAACCCUACAUUAGCUUUAAUAGGGAUUCCAUAUUAUAUCUGCGCUUUCAACAUGUUUGAUUUACAGGUUCGAUUUUUGUUGAAAUUUUGGACAAAUGAAAAACAGUUUCCAAGCAAAGAAGAAAUGUUGGCAGAAGAAGCUACUGAGUUGAAGAAAAAGUUGGAAAAGGGCUUAGAAAAACGUCAUUUUCAUAUGAUGGGUUCAGAGCAGAGUAACUAUUAUGAUGAUCUCUCUAACACUGCUGGAAUAACUCCAUUACCUCCAGUGUUAACGAAACUUCACAACCACAGAAGUUUGCGUUUUCUUGAUGAUCUCAUUCAUUAUCGAGAAGAACGGUAUAAAAUAAUUGACGAUUAUAAUUACAUCCAACUUUGAAAUUUUUUAAAAUAUGAAUUUCUUCAAAUUCUUCGAAAU